AUGAUGAGCUCAAAGUCCUCCUUGUCACUUGGGGUUUACUUCCUUUCGAUCCUUUCUACUAUAAAUGCCCAAUAUUCCCUCGCAGCCACAUACAACGCAGCCAACUUCUUCAGUGAUUUUACUUUCUUUACCGCAGCUGAUCCAACAGCUGGAUAUGUGGUAUAUGAACCACUUGCUGCUGCUGAAGAAGCCGGGCUAGUAUCAACAGCAAAUAAUCAGGUAUACUUGGGAGUGGAUCAUACGACACUUAAUCCAAGUGGAGGACGAGAAAGUGUGCGAUUGACCAGUAACCAAGCAUGGGGUGAAGCAGAUAUCGAGCACAUGCCUGGUGGGGUUUGUGGUAUAUGGCCUGCCUUUUGGAUGUUUGGUCCGAAUUGGCCAAAUAGUGGAGAAAUCGAUAUCAUCGAGGGAGUCAACCUUGGCACAACUAAUACGAUAACACUUCACACCGCCGCUGGCUGUACAGUCAGCAACGCAAAUUCACAGAGUGGAACGACCACUAUAACGUCAAAUUGUAAUCAAGACAAUGCGGGUACUGGAUGCGGUGUUGCUACAUCGAACACCCAGAAUUAUGGCACCGGCUUCAAUGCAAUUGGUGGUGGAGUCUAUGCCAUGCAAUGGGCUAGCACUGGCAUUUAUGUCUGGUUCUGGCCUCGAGGUUCCAUUCCAGCUGAUAUCACUGCUAAAGAUAUUGACAAUAUCGUCUUUGAUACAACUUUCUGUGGAACGUGGGCGGGAUCUGUUUGGUCUUCAGGAUCUUGUGCUAGUGCGGCUUCGACUUGUCAGGCUUAUGUUGCGCAGAAUCCGAGCGCGUUCACUAAUGCUUAUUGGUUGAUCAAUUAUGUUCAGGUUUGGCAGUAG